CUGGCGCCGGACCGGAAGCGGGAGGCUGCAGGGGCGGGCUGGCGGGCGUCUCCUUUCCGGCUGGUCCCCAUGGAGGCGCUGGGGAAGCUGAAGCAGUUCGAUGCCUACCCCAAGACUCUGGAGGACUUCCGGGUCAAGACCUGCGGGGGCGCGGCGGUGACCAUUGUCAGUGGCCUUCUCAUGCUGCUACUGUUCCUGUCGGAGCUGCAGUAUUACCUCACCACCGAGGUGCAUCCUGAGCUCUACGUGGACAAGUCGCGGGGAGAUAAGCUGAAGAUCAACAUCGAUGUACUUUUUCCACACAUGCCUUGUGCCUAUCUGAGCAUUGAUGCCAUGGACGUGGCUGGGGAACAGCAGCUGGAUGUGGAACACAACCUGUUUAAGCAGCGACUGGAUAAGGAUGGCAUCCCCGUGAGCUCAGAGGCAGAGCGUCAUGAACUCGGGAAAGUCGAGGUGAAGGUGUUUGACCCUGACUCCCUGGACCCUGGCCGCUGUGAGAGCUGCUACGGUGCUGAGACUGAAGACAUCAAGUGCUGUAACACCUGUGAGGAUGUGCGGGAGGCAUAUCGCCGUCGAGGCUGGGCCUUCAAGAACCCUGACACUAUUGAGCAGUGCCGGCGAGAGGGUUUCAGCCAGAAGAUGCAGGAGCAGAAGAAUGAAGGCUGCCAAGUGUAUGGCUUCUUGGAAGUCAACAAGGUGGCCGGAAACUUCCACUUUGCCCCUGGGAAGAGCUUCCAGCAGUCGCACGUACAUGUUCAUGACCUGCAGAGCUUCGGUCUCGACAAUAUCAACAUGACCCACUACAUCCGGCACCUGUCGUUUGGGGAGGACUACCCGGGCAUUGUGAACCCCCUGGACCGCACCAAUGUCACUGCACCCCAAGCCUCCAUGAUGUUCCAGUACUUUGUGAAGGUGGUGCCCACAGUGUACAUGAAGGUGGAUGGGGAGGUGCUGAGGACAAAUCAGUUCUCUGUGACCAGACACGAGAAGGUUGCUAAUGGACUGAUGGGUGACCAGGGACUCCCUGGAGUCUUUGUGCUCUACGAACUCUCACCCAUGAUGGUGAAGCUGACAGAAAAGCACAGGUCCUUUACUCACUUCCUGACGGGGGUGUGCGCAAUCAUCGGUGGCAUGUUCACAGUGGCUGGACUCAUCGAUUCAGUCAUCUACCACUCAGCUCGAGCCAUCCAGAAGAAAAUUGACCUAGGCAAGACAACGUAGCUAUCUCCUUCCUCUGUUGUUCCCUUUUUCUCUUGUUUCUCUUGGUCUUAUGGUCAUUUUCACAGCCUCUUCCCCUCACCCCCAACUUGGAGAGUCAGUCACAGACCCAGGUUGAUAAAGCUAUUGAUUGUGGUAAUA